AUGACGAGCGCCAGGCUUAGCGACAGGGAACUGGCGAAUAUUAACGCUGCUGCUGUGACGAAGGAGUACAGGAUAAAGCCCCAUCUCGAUUAUCGAACAGUAUCAGCCAUCAAUGGCCCGUUGGUGGUUCUGGACAACGUCAAGUUCCCCUCGUAUAACGAGAUCGUGCAGCUGACGCUGCCGGACGGGUCGAAGCGCGGGGGGCAGGUGCUCGAGGUACAGGGCAAGAAGGCGAUCGUGCAGGUGUUCGAGGGCACCUCGGGCGUGGACGUGAAGGCGACGCACGUCGAGUUCACGGGGAGCAGCAUGAAGCUGCCCGUCGCGGAGGACAUGCUCGGGCGCAUCUUCAACGGCUCGGGAAACCCCAUCGACAACGGCCCGAAGGUCUUCGCAGAGGACUAUCUCGAUAUUAAUGGUUCUCCGAUUAACCCCUACUCGCGCAUUUACCCUGAGGAGAUGAUCCAGACGGGCAUCUCCACCAUCGACACGAUGAACUCUAUCGCCCGUGGACAGAAGAUCCCCAUUUUCUCUGCGGCUGGGUUGCCGCACAAUGAGAUCGCUGCGCAAAUCGUGCGUCAGGCAGGCCUGGUCAAGCGGCCCACCAAGGACGUGCACGACGGCCACGAAGAUAACUUCUCGGUCGUGUUCGCUGCUAUGGGUGUGAACAUGGAGACUGCGCGGUUCUUCAAGGAGGAUUUCGAGUCGAACGGGAGUCUGGACCGUGUUACGCUGUUCCUGAACCUGGCAAACGACCCCACGAUUGAACGUAUCAUCACGCCGCGUCUUGCACUGACUACUGCGGAGUACUACGCAUACCAGCUGGAGAAGCAUGUGUUGGUGAUCCUGACGGACAUGUCCUCGUAUGCGGAUGCACUGCGUGAGGUUUCUGCAGCGCGUGAGGAGGUGCCCGGACGACGUGGAUAUCCGGGUUACAUGUACACGGAUUUGUCCACGAUCUAUGAACGUGCAGGACGUGUCGAAGGCAGGAAUGGGUCUAUUACCCAGAUACCGAUUCUGACGAUGCCAAACGACGAUAUCACGCAUCCCAUACCGGAUUUGACGGGAUACAUUACCGAGGGCCAAAUCUUUGUUGACAGACAGCUGCACAAUAGGCAGAUUUACCCGCCGAUCAACGUACUCCCGUCAUUGUCGCGACUCAUGAAGAGCGCCAUCGGGGAGAAGCUGACGCGGAAAGACCAUGGUGAUGUGUCGAACCAGCUGUAUGCUAAAUAUGCGAUCGGACGUGACGCAGCGGCGAUGAAGGCAGUUGUUGGAGAGGAGGCACUUUCGCCUGAAGACAAGCUUGCACUGGAGUUCCUGGACAAGUUUGAGCACCAAUUUGUUGGACAAGGCGCGUAUGAAUCGCGGACGAUCUUCGAGUCGCUGGACCUUGCGUGGUCGCUGUUGCGCAUCUUCCCGAAGGAACAACUGAAUCGUAUCAACCCGAAGAUUAUCGCAGAGUUCUACGGACGGAAGGGGACGAAGAGGGCCGCGACCGGAGCCGAGGGACAGGAUGGUGGGGCGCCGGAAGGGGAGAACUUGAUCCAGAUAUGA